CCUCCUGUUGACUGCAAGUUGUAGGACUCUCAGCUACUGUCUGCCCGCAUGCAGCCAUGCACCCGCCACGAUGAUAGUGGACUUAACCUCCGAAAACCGUAGAGUUAGAAACGGCUCCAAGAGAAGAAUCUCUGAAGACAUUUUUAGUACCCUCCUGAGGACGGCCUCCCCUUCUCAAGUUCAGAUGCCUCGUGGGAUAUGGCCGCACAAACAAGACCAGAACCACGGCAACAUGGAGGAGCAUGGAAAGGGGACAGUUUCGUGGGGUACCAUCCCCAAACACAGAGCUAUACAGGCAACCACUGACUGCCGAGAGACGGAGGAUCAGCCCCUUCCAGGGACAAUCUCCCUUACUGGUUAUCCAACACACUGGUCAGCCCUGAAAACAUGCCCAACCAACCAAAAGUGGACUCAGCAGGUUCUAUUUCUAUACUGUGCAGAUACCUAUUAUGCAUAUACAUAUGCACACACAGAUGUAGCAAUAAUAAAGAAAAAGACUAUAAGCUUUGGAGUGGAGGGGACAUGGCAUCCCUGCCCUGCGUCAGCACGACCCCCACCCCAGCCAGCCCUACGCCCCGCGUCCUCGAUGCUAAAAAAGUUAGGGAGCCAAGCGGACUACCGCGACAAAACAAACCGUGAUCCGGCGUCCGGACGCCCGGAGAAAACCGGGGCCGCGUGUCCCGGCCGUCUUGCUCCCUGCGCUUCUCGCCGGCUCCGACUGCGCUUCUCAGCGGCGGUGCGAGCCCUGCUCCACCCCGACCGCAUCUGGACGCCGCUGGCCCCGCCCCUGCAGCUCUGA